AGCAGCGUUUCCCGGCGGGGCGGAGCGGAGCCCGGGACUGCAUUUCCCGGCAGCGCCGAGCGGCCAUGGCGGGCGGCGGCUGGGCCCGGGCCGUCAGGGGGCUGCUGCUCGAUGUCAGCGGCGUCCUCUACGACAGCGGUGCCGAUGGCGGCGUCCCCAUCGGCGGCUCGGCCGAGGCCGUGCGCAGGAUCAAAGCCUCUGGGCUGAAGCUGCAGCUCUGCACCAACGAAACCCAAGCGACCCGGGAGAAUUUUGUGAGGAAGCUGCGAGCCAUGGGCUUUGACAUCUCGGUGGCCGAAGUGACGGCGCCGGCGCCGGCCGCCUGUCGCCUCCUGAAGGAGCGUGGCCUGAGGCCACACCUGCUGGUGCACGACGAUCUUGUCCCUGAAUUUGCUGAGAUUGAUAAGACAAACCCUAACUGUGUGGUUCUUGGAGAUGCAGCAGAAAACUUCACCUAUGCAAACCUGAAUGAGGCUUUCCGACUUCUGAUUGGGAUGGAGAAGCCUGUCUUGAUCUCCCUUGGAAAAGGACGCUACUAUAAAGAAACUGAUGGUCUGAAACUUGAUGUUGGAGCAUAUAUGAAGGCAUUAGAGUAUGCUUGUGAUGUCCAGGCCGAGGUGGUGGGGAAACCAGCAAAAAGGUUUUUUGAGUCAGCCCUGGCAGAACUGGGAGUUCCACCAGAGCAGGCCAUCAUGAUCGGGGAUGACAUCGUGAAUGAUGUUGGGGGAGCCCAGCAGUGCGGGAUGAGAGCGCUGCAGGUGCGGACGGGCAAGUACAGGCCAUCAGAUGAAAACCACCCCGAGGUGAAGCCUGAUGCCUACGUGAACAACCUGGCUGAGGCCGUGGACAUCAUCCUCCAGCAUCUGUAAAUCCCAGCAGGAGCAGGGGUGAACCUUCACCUGCAGCCUCUCCAUGGAACCACUUCAUCCUUUCCCACCUCCAUCUCACGUUAACCCAGCCCAGCCCUGUCCAGGGCGCCCACCUUCCAAAAUGUUUCACAUAAUGGCACUAAAAUCAUCUCCUCUCUCAUCCAAGGGAGCACCAAACCUGCUGUGCUCUGCAAGUCUGGAAUGUCCUGCCCUUGGUGCCUGUGAGUGGCUUCAGCCUCCUCUGGGUGAUGCUGGGGGCCUCUUCCCCUCUUUUAUCUUUGCUCACACAGGGGACCCAGCCUGGAGGUGGGAAACUGGGAAGCCGGGCAGCCCCUCGUGCAUGGAUUUACCUCUUUAACCCACAUGUCCUGUGCCUUUUGGGGUGCCUGAGAUGGGGUGGGGGGUGUCCUUGGGGGCUGCUGGAGGCCACCAAGCCCUGGGGUGCUGUGUGUGCCUCGGGUGGCACAAAACCCCUGGGGUGGGGAGCAGUCCUGCCUUGGCAAGGCAGGAUCUGUGAUUCUGCCAGGAUCAGCCCUGGGUGAGGGCACAGGAAUCCAGUAACACAUCAGGGAAUAACUGAGCCAUCCUGUCAGGAAUAAACCCUGUCCUUUGCAUCUGG